GAAAAUCAUAAAUCAACAACAUGGUUGCGUGGACCGCCGAGGAACGUGCCUUCAUCCAGGACAUCUUCAGCAAACUCAACUAUGAGGAGGCUGGACCCAAAGCACUGCAGAGGGCUUUGAUUGUGUAUCCCUGGACUCAGAGAUACUUUGGAAGUUUUGGAAACCUGUACAAUGCUGAGGCCAUCAUUAACAACCCAAAGGUCGCAGCCCACGGAACCGUCGUGCUCCACGGACUGGACAGAGCCAUGAAGAACAUGGAUGACAUCAAGAACACCUACGCCGAGCUGAGCGUGCUGCACUCCGAGAAACUGCACGUGGAUCCUGACAACUUCAGGCUGCUGGCCGACUGCCUGACAAUCGUGAUUGCCUCCACCAUGGGCGCCGCUUUCACAGCCGACAUGCAGGCUGCCUGGCAGAAGUUCCUCGCUGUUGUUGUCUCUGCUCUGCAAAGACAGUAUCAUUAAGACCUCUCAGAUGUGGUGGGGAAACAUUGUAUGUUUGCUCUCAAACGCAAUAAAGAGAAAUUGAUACG